AUGAGCGAUCCUCGAUUUACCGGAGCGAUUGCCUACUACCGAGAGAAGCUAAAACAGAAUCCUUCAAAUCCGGCGCAUCACCACAAUAUUGCACCUCUUCUCUUUGAAGGAGGAAACGUCAGGGCCGCGAUGCGCCACUAUCGCAGAGCGUUUCAGCUGAACCCUAAGGACGUAAACUCGAAGAACGACCUGGCUGUCAUUCUUUGGCGGAUGGGCAAAUGGGAAGCUGCGUUGGCCGCGUUGUGCCAAGUUUUGAUGGCCAACAGCGAGCACUACGAAGCGAACGUAAACCUUGCUGCGGUGUAUUUCAAGCAAGGAGAGUAUGAACUUGCUUUGAGACAUGCACGGAAAGCUACGCAGAUCCGACCUACCAGUCCCAAAGCGCACCGCGUUCUAGGACAAAUUUUGGAUCAAAUGGGGAACGUCAAAAUGUCGCUACACCACCGGAAGAUCGCGGUACGACGAGGGCCGGGGGGUGGCAAGUCCCACCAGCACGACACUCACACCUACAAGAAAAUCGGCGCACAGCUUGUCACGCUCGGACAAGCGGAGCGAGAAAACAGCCACGCCUUUGUGGACUGCUACAGAGCAAUGGCAGGGAAACAAGUUGAGCUUGCGACGUCAGAAAGGACGAACGAGUGUUUGUGCAAGUGCCGGUGCUGA